UCUGCUGUCGGAACGCAACAGUGUGACAUCCGGCGGAAGUAAACAAGACAAGCUCCAGUGUUUGCAACGUCUUUAAAUUGUGACUUUCGCUAGAAGGAGUUAUUGUAGUCGUAACUCCGCUAAUUAUUUUACUUGUAAUGAAGCAACAAUGUCUUCAGUUGAGAGUUUGAGAGAGUUUGUCAACGAGCGACUAACUGCUGCUGCUGAAGAAAUAUUCAGAGUUUUUAAAAACACUAUCGUCGAGUACGAGGAAGAGAUCGAUCGUCAGCGCAGACUGCUGGAUGUCGUUUGGAAACCCGAAGUAAAGUUACACAGGAUAGAGCUCCCACAGCAACAUGUCUGUAAGGAGGAGGAGGUUCUGGCUGAACAGCAGCUCUGUAUUCAGGAGAGGAUCCCCGGUCUGGACCAGGAGGACCCACAGCCUCCACAGGUUAAAGAGGAACAGGAGGAACUCUGUACCAGUCAGGAGGGAGAGCAGCUUGUAGUGAAGCAGGAGACUGACACCUUUAUGUUGACUCCUACUUAUGAGGAAAGUGACCACAGUGAAGCAGAACUGAAAAGUGACCACCAGCUCCUCUCUCACAACUGUCAUGUAGCUGAGAGCCAAGAUCAGAAAGGAGGCGAGCAUGAAGACUCAGGAUCAACUAGAGAGGCAGACCCAAAACAAAAGAAUCAAGAUCACAACAGCAGAAGCCCCAGAAACAAUGUACACAAGUCUACCAUGUCAGAGGUUCACCAUGAUCCUCACACAGAGCUCCCACAGCAACAUGUCUGUAAGGAGGAGGAGGUUCUGGCUGACCAGCAGCUCUGGAUUCAGGAGAGGAUCCCCGGUCUGGACCAGGAGGACCCACAGCCUCCACAGGUUAAAGAGGAACAGGAGGAACUCUGUACCAGUCAGGAGGGAGAGCAGCUUGUAGUGAAGCAGGAGACUGACACCUUUAUGUUGACUCCUACUUAUGAGGAAAGUGACCACAGUGAAGCAGAACUGAAAAGUGACCACCAGCUCCUCUCUCACAACUGUCAUGUAGCUGAGAGCCAAGAUCAGAAAGGAGGCGAGCAUGAAGACUCAGGAUCAACUAGAGAUGCAGAGCCAAAACUAAAGAAUCAAGAUCACAAUAGCAGAAGCCCCAGAAACAAUGUACACAAGUCUACCAUGUCAGAGGUUUACCAUGAUCCUCACACAGGUAAAAAGUCUUUCACAUGUGACACAUGUGGAAAAGAUUUUCAGUCCAAGUCAGAUUUUCAGAAACACCUGAGAAUUCACACAGAGCUCCCACAGCAACAUGUCUGUAAGGAGGAGGAGGUUCUGGCUGAACAGCAGCUCUGUAUUCAGGAGAGGAUCCCCGGUCUGGACCAGGAGGACCCACAGCCUCCACAGGUUAAAGAGGAACAGGAGGAACUCUGUACCAGUCAGGAGGGAGAGCAGCUUGUAGUGAAGCAGGAGACUGACACCUUUAUGUUGACUCCUACUUAUGAGGAAAGUGACCACAGUGAAGCAGAACUGAAAAGUGACCACCAGCUCCUCUCUCACAACUGUCAUGUAGCUGAGAGCCCAGAUCAAAAAGGAGGUGAGCAUGAAGACUCAGGAUCAACUAGAGAUGUAGAGCCAAAACAAAAGAAUCAAGAUCACAACAGCAGAAGCCCCAGAAACAAUGUACACAAGUCUACCAUGUCAGAGGUUCGCCAUAAUCCUCACACAGGUAAAAACUCUUUCACAUGUGACACGUGUGGAAAAGAGUUUAAGUUCAAGUCAGUAUUUCAGAAACACCUGAGAAUCCACACAGGUGAGAAGCCGUAUUCUUGCAAAACAUGUGGGAAAGGCUUCAGAACGAGCGAACACUUGCAUGUUCAUGUAAGAUCCCACACAGGUGAGAAGCCGUAUCUUUGCAAAACCUGUGGGAAAGGAUUCUCUGACACUUCAACACUUACAAUACAUACAAGAACGCACACAGGUGAGAAGCCGUAUUCUUGCAAAACAUGUAGAAAAUCUUUUAGCCAGAGGCAUAGCUUGAUAGCCCAUGUGAGAACCCACACAGGUGAAAAGUCGUAUUCUUGUGAAACAUGUGGGAAAGCCUUCAGAACCAGCGAUCACUUGCAACUUCAUAUAAGAACCCACACAGGGGAGAAGCCGUAUUCUUGUGAAACAUGUGGAAAAUCUUUUAGCCAGAGGAGUAACUUGAUGGCCCAUCUGAGAACCCACACAGGUGAGAAGCCAUAUUCUUGCAAAACAUGUAGAAAAUCUUUUAGCCAGAGGCAUAGCUUGAUAGCCCAUGUGAGAACCCACACAGGUGAAAAGUCGUAUUCCUGUGAAACAUGUGGGAAAGACUUCAGAACCAGCCAUCACUUGCAACUUCAUAUAAGAACCCACACAGGGGAGAAGCCGUAUUCUUGUGAAACAUGUGGGAAAGACUUCAGAAUCAGCCAUCACUUGCAACUCCAUCUAAGAACCCACACAGGGGAGAAGCCAUUUUUUUGUGAAACAUGGGAAAGCUUCCAGAGUAAGUAGAUAAUUAAAAAUCCACAUAAGAAGAGAACACACAGGUGAGAAGCUGUAGCUUUGCAUGACGAAAAGAUGAUGCGUCUGAUUUGACACGGGACAGAAGGCAGCAUAAAGACAAGUAGUCUUGUGGAAGAUGAUUCAGUUCUAGAGGUUUGUGGUCAAAACUCAAGAACUCCCUGAAGUGAAGAGCUGGCAAAGUUCAGCACUGUGCUAAAAGUUUUACUGAAAUCACAUACUUGAAAACACCUGAGGAUCAAUAUACCUCUGGUGAUGAAGUCUUUUGAGCGCCAUGUGUUGAGCCACCUCAAGUCCACUACAGACCCACUCCUGGACCCCCCUGCAGUUCGUCUACAGAGCCAACAGGUCUGUGGACGAUGCAGUAAAUAUGGACCUUCACUACACCUCCAGCACCUGGACUCCUCAGGAACCUACGCCAGGAUCCUGUUUGUGGAUUUCACCUUUGCUUUCAUCACCAUCAUCCCUACUCUGCUGCAGGUCAAGCUCUCCCAGUUUAGCGUGUCUGACUCCACCUGCCGGGUAGAUCACAGACUUCCUGUCUGACAGGAAGCAGCACGUGAAACUGGGGAAACAUGUCUCUGACUCCUGAGGUCAUUCUCAUUUCCCAAAUUUCUGCCUCCUUGAUCAUGAAUCCUUGAGCCUGUGACCCAGAAAUCGAUCUCAGUGUGCCAUCUUGAAGGACAUCUCAAUUCCUAAAAUGCACAUCAAGGCUCGAGGAGGCUUGCUGGAGGAGCUAUGAGCGAGGAUACAUCAGUGUAUCCUUUGCAGAAGUCUUUUCAGCCACUGUGACGUUUAGAAGACGCGUGACAUGCAGCUGGACCAACACAUGGCCGGAGCAGGACUCUGCAGUGUCUAUGUUGUAUUCAUAAGUUGGAUUAGUUAAGCCUAUUAAAAAUAAUCAAAUGCGCAAUCUCCCCUUAAUGUCAGUUCACUUUGAUAUUUCUGAUGUUAUUGUUGAAUGUGAUGUGUGAAUGGGCAGCAGGAUAAUAAAAAUGAACACUGAAUAGCGGCAGGAUGAAGCGCCUCUCCAGAGAUGCUGUGCGCAUUUACGCGCGAGCAACAGCAACAUAAAUUCAUAUUUAAAUCACCCGACGCGCCAACAGGGUCGAUCAAGCUCUAAUAUUAAUUCAUGUUUUCUGUUCUUCUACACAUCCAAAGGUCUCACACAGUUCAGUUUGAACCAGAGCAUUCAGCACUGAUCUGCUGUGUUUCAUGUUUUAAUAAAAGUGCCCACAUAGUCUGCACAUGUCAUUCCAACAGUAGAGUCCUGUGAUGACAGUUUUAAUCGGGGCUCUAUGAGAUAAAUGUUACUGUGUCACUUUGUAAAGGGACUGAUGAUGAAACGCUCAUCUCAUGAAGCUGAGGGCUGAAAUGAUCUCCUGUUUUCAGGCAAAAGGCGCUCCCCCCAAAAAGGUAGUACUGUGUAGCUAGUGAAUGAUCAGGCUGCUGUAAUCUGUGACUGUUUCUUAACAGAUGCUAUAAUGUUUAUUGGAACCUCCAGAUGUUUGUACGUGUUAUAAUGUUGACAGGCAUGUUCCUGUAUUGUGAAGAAAUGAUCUGUAGCCUUUAGGGCCAAAAGCUGGUCUGCUGCUCUGACAGAUCACAGCUCUAACAGUGGACAGAUGAUGCAGCUGUGCAACAGGUCAUAUUUAAUAACGUUGCUUUAAAAUGAUGGCUCCGAGGAAAGGACAUCUCAUUUCGUUAAAUGCCUGUUUUUCCUCGACUCCUUGAGCUUGCAUCUCGGGUGGGAGGGACUAAGAUGCCGCAAGGAGUUGGGGAGGUAGAAAAUUGGGAAAUGAGAAAGGCCCCUGGACCGCCAUUCUGCAUGCUUAAUGUAAUGUUUCUUACUUUGAAUAUGUUUUGCUAGUAGUGCUUUCAUACUUUUACUUAAUGCACCCUGAAUAACUUCUUCCACAACUGCUUAUUUGUUUUUGUGCAAAAUUUUCAUUGGCAAAGUAAUGUCUGGGAGUCAAAGGCAAUAGUUCAGGAAAGACUAAUUUCCUCAUGUAAUGAAGCGAGGUGGAUGUAGAUGUACGUCCUUGCUACUGAUAAUCAGUGGUGGACAGUAGGUACAUUUACUCAAGUACUGUUCUUGAAUUAGAGGUAGGCUUUUGUACUUUGAAUAUUUUCUUUUCCUUCUGCUUUCUACUUCUACUCUGCUACAUCUCAGAGAGAGAUAUUGUAUUUUUUACUUCACUACAUUUGUCUGACAGCUUUAGUUACUUUACAAAGUAAGAAUUUUAUACACAAAACACAUGAAGAAUUAUUAAUAAAAAUGUUUUGUAAUGAAUUAAACUACACAACCGUUUGUACAAGUAGGUGCUGAAUAAUUAUUGGAUUGACAGAAAUUUUAUUUGCUGUUAUUUUAAUCAUCGUUUUUAAAUU